AUGGCGGGCAAAGGCAAGCAGCGCACCACGGAGAUGGAGCAGGAGAUAGCCGUGGCCACCCAGACCUAUGAACAGCAGCGCUCCAUGACUGGAGCCGAGGUGUACGCCGCCCAACAGAGGCUUUGGUUCGAGACGCGCCACAAGAGAGGACCACCUUCCACGGCGGUUUCCUCCUUGGCUACACCGCAGGUCGAGCAGGACGCAGAUAUGACAGCGGCAGAGCCCGCAACCGGAACGGCGGCUACUCAGCCGAGGCUUUUUCAGCCGAUUACCAUGACCACCGAGGCGGCCUACCAGGUCACAGCUGGACAGCGUGGUGUGGACAUCAACGACUCGGCUCAGAUGGCCCAGUACUUGGCUACACCGCUGACGACGAGAGCCCAAGUGCUGGAAACGAUUCGGGAUUAUCACGUUUCUGUGAUUCGCCCCGAAAUGUACAACCUGGUGACCCAGAUGGAGUCCGUCCUCGCUACCCUGGAUGAUAGGCUACUCCGCCAGCAGGAGAUGCCACCAACAGACCGGUUGGAGAUGAUCAACUGGAUGCUGGGAAGAGUGGAGGAGGUGCGCCAGUUUUUGAUGGCCCGCCAGUACAACGCCACGGAUUCCUGCAACCUCUGGUACCUUAGCGCGCUCCAGGUGGACCCCGGCACACCCCCAGCAGGUGAGGGCAAGUGGUCGUCGGCUACAACGCUCCUUUUCAAGUCGUGGGAUCUCAGGCGCGCUUUCAUGGGCGUCUACAGCUCUGGUGGCACACCUUUGUGGCGAGAUGGUGCUGCAGUCAAAGGGUACCACGUGAGAUGCGCUCCAUCUUCCCCUCAGUUUCAGAGGAAACUCGAGCUCCCUCUUCGAGUGAUUUUAAAUUUGUACAGCACAUACAAGGAGCUUCAGGGUACAACGCCUGGUCAGCUGACCAUUUUAUGGCGCACGCUCACCAUGAUGGCUCCCUCUGAUACUCGAGCUUUUAACUCGCAGGCCACGGCCUGGGCCCGCUUGAUUUAUCUUGAGCAGGACGGCCAGUUUAAGGCUCGCCUCGAAGUUGUGAAGGAGUUGAUGGAGAUGCUGCGGAGUACACCGCCACCAUCCUCCACGGAGACCUCCCUUUGGAACCAUUGCUGGAACAGCAUU